AUGUUCAUGAAGGAUGAAGAAUUUGAUAAGGAAGGUGUCUUAAGAAGGCCUCCACCAAAGCCACCCGAUGAAAUGUGGUUGAACAAGUAUGAAACACUAGAUAUGACCUCUUCCAUGACAUCUACACAGAAGAUUCCACUUAUGUCGCUUCUCGAGAUUUUAGUAUAUUGUGUUAUGAAGAAUGAGCACGGGAAGGCCUUUGUGUUCUCCCUAAAACUAAAGAAAAAGAUGCUGAAAUCAAAGGAUGUUAUUGUCCAGAAGGAGACCUUUGUCAUGCCUCAUGAGGUUGAAGAAAGUUGUAUGAAGGAAGUAGAGAAAUUAUGGAAGAAGAGAAAAAAAGUCUCAAAAAUCUGGAAUGAGGAAAACCAAUAG